ACACUGCCGCCUUAUUUGGUCACAAAGGGAAGCGUGUUUGUAACGAGCACUGCGACCACGAACACACUGCCUUCUACCACCGCCAUAACUUCGCGGCCAACGUUCGCACCGCCAGAACCAACGAAACCGCCUGUACCAAAGUACAAGAGGGGAAAGGAACUAACUUUCAUGGAAUCUGGCUACGAAAAGACUUUCAUGUUCGCGCAAAGUAACACGUUUAUUCAGCUAGACGGCAGCGGUAUAAAGCCCUUCCAACUACGACUGUGCCGCGAGAUAUCCUUCAAGUUUCGGACGAAAUUACCCCACGGUCUGCUUGUGUACCACAGCGUGAAGGAUCGGCCAGAGAGUCUAGACCCUUACGCCUUGUACGUGAUCGUGGAGAAAGGACAGCUGAAAGUGGUGCACGUGUUCGGGAAGCGGUCGACCAGCCUGACCGUCGGCGAAGGGCUAAACAGGGACGAAUGGCACAGCGUCCUCGUGAGAAUCGACGUUCACGGAGCGAAAUUGAUCGCCAGAGUGGACGAUAAACAGGAGGAGACCACGCUCGAAGUUUUAGAACACGUGGUCAAUUACGGGGUGUCCGAAGAACUCGCCUCUGUCGUCCUUAUCGGAGGUAGGUUAAGUUCCGAGGAGAGAUUGCACGGCGUGAAGUACAUAAUAGAAUCGUUUGUUGGCUGCAUAAGGGAUAUGGUUCUCAGCUCGGGCAAAUCGGCCAGCGAUUUGUUGCCCAUUCAGCCUCUGAUCGCAACGAAGCACGAAAACGUGAAGGAGGGCUGCAUCGACAAAUGCAGAACACGAGAGAAUCUCUGCUUCAUCUCGAACCAAUGCGUGAAUCACUAUAACAGUUUGACUUGCGACUGCUUUGGAACGAAGUACGAAGGAGAGCGAUGCGACGUGUACACGGCCACGAUUUUAACGUUGAGAGGUUCUUCGUACGUCUCGUUUCGCGUUUACGACUGGAAGGACAGAGUUCACUCGUCCGUCAAUAGGAUAAGCCUUGCAUUUAAGACGAAGUGGGACGAUUCAGCUUUGUUUUACGCGUCUGGUGAAAUCGACGGGACACCGCAUUACGUGGCGGCUUCCAUAGUGAACGGAUCGGUUCACGUGGAACUGGACUUUGGGCACAAUUCGAAGAUCGCGACGGUGCUAGGCGACUACAUCACCUCGAACCAUUGGAACAACCUAACGAUAUUUCACAACGGGUCACUGGUCUUCGUCAGUUUGGACGACGAGAUCAAAGUGCUCGAAAUCCCCGGCGAGAAUUACAACAUGAUCAUCGAUCCUGAAAUCUACAUCGGCGGUGGCCCCGAAUUGCACAAGAAGAAGGGUCUCCUCUCGCACAACAAUUUCGCAGGUUCGCUGAAAUACGUUUUCUUCAACGACAAGUCCAUUAUUUAUGAGUUGAAACGUUCCAAUCCCAUGGUGCAUUAUAUCGGCGUGUUGGAGCCAGAAUACUACGAGGCGGACGUCGAUGUGAUUCCAAUAACGUAUCCGUUCGCGGACAGCCACAUUUGGUGGCCGAUAGUGCACACCGACUCUCUUAAAUUGAACUUCGACUUCAAAAGUUCGAAGCCCGUGGCCGUGGUCGCGUCAGGGGACGUGAAAUGUAACCGUAGCCUUGGAUACUGGGAGCUCCGACUGGUGAACGAUGAAAUUCGGUUUCAACUGAUCCCGGUGUUAACGGAGAACAUCACGGUGUCGACCGGCGUGAAAUUCCCACCUUACAAUACCUCUUGGCACGCGGUCGAAUUGAAUUACACGAAAGGGGAGCUCAGCGUUCUGGUGGAUUAUCGGAACAAACAGAGCAAGCUCUUCUCCAUGACGUUCGAACUGGGCGACAGAAAUAACGGCAGCGUGUUGCAUGUUGCAUCAGGUUUGGUCGGAUGCAUGCGUGAAAUACGGGUGAACGACGAGAGGAUAGAGCCUAGGUACGUGAUCAACACGGAGAGAGUGAUCGGCGAGGUAGCCUUGGAUAAUUGCCAAUUCGUCGAUCCUUGUACCAGACCGAACACUUGCGAGCACGGAGGGAAAUGUUCGGUGAAAGAGGACAGGAUUACCUGCGAUUGUACCGACACCGGUUACAUGGGCAAGAAUUGUCACUUUACUCAGUAUAGAAAAACCUGCGAAGAAUUGGCAUUGCUGGGAUACAACGAGGACAAGCUCUACGAGAUCGACAUCGACGGGAACGGCAGGUUUCCGCCGGCUCUCGUGAAAUGCGAGUUCCAGUCGAUCGAAGAUUCGACGAAGACCAUCGUCGAGCACAAUCUACCCUCGCAGAUUGACGUCCGCUCGAUCGCAGAGUCCGACUUCUCCUUCAAUAUCAAGUACAGAGAGUUCACCGCGGAGAUGCUGCAGGAACUGAUAUCGCACUCGUUGUACUGCAGCCAGUACGUCAAGUACGACUGCUACAAGGCGCCGUUGGAAUUGCACAGCGCCACGUGGUUCCUCAGCUCGAAAGGAACCACCGUGGAUUACAUUGGAAACGUGAAUAGGGGAUCCUGCCCUUGUGGAAUGAACAGGACAUGCGUCGACCCGAAUCUAAGCUGUAACUGCGACGUCUCUGCCGGGAACGCCGGGAAAUGGCUGUCCGACGAAGGAUACUACGAAACACCAGAUUCCUUGGGUAUCACCGAAAUGGUAUUCCUGCAGCAAAGAGACCUCGAAGAGGAUGCACAGGGACGAAUCACCUUGGGACCGUUGGAAUGCGUCGAAACGAAUACGCAGAAAUACGUCGUCACUUUCACGACCUCGCAGUCGUACAUCGAGGUGCCAGGUUGGAGGAAAGGCGAUAUAGCGUUCAGUUUCCGAACAACCGGGGAGAAAGCCAUUCUUCUGUACCAACCACCGAUAAGGAGCAAUUAUCCAUCGUUCAUGGUCGCUCUAACUUCGGAGUACCGAUUGACGUUCAACUUCACUCUGAACACUGGCACGAUAAGGGAGUUGGAGGUGAACAGCCAAAGGAAAUUGAACAACGGCGAAUGGCAGAAGAUAUGGAUCGAUUACAACGAUUAUCACGUCAGAUUUAUGAUCAACACGGAUUAUCGAAUGGUCGAUCUGCUGCCUGAGGAGGAGUUUGGUCCCUUCGAAGGUUCCAUGUUCAUCGGUGGAGCAACUGCAGAACACUUGAGGACCUCCUCAGUUCGUCAAGGACUGAUCGGCUGCUUUCGCGGUUUGGUCGUGAACGGGGAGAUCUUGGACAUCCACAGCUACAUGUCGGUCCACUUGUCCGAGAUCAUAAAAGACUGCAAGCCCUCCUGUCAACCGAACAAGUGCCAGAACGGCGCCAGGUGCGUAGAACUGUGGAGCAACUUCGAGUGCGUCUGCGAGAACAGAUGGGCUCACCUUGGCACCUAUUGCGAGAGGAACAUAAACAACAAGGCGUUGACGUUCACGUCGCAAGGUGCGUUUCUCAAGAAGAACUACUUCGGCACGGACGAGGAGGACGAGGAGAAACUGCUGUUGAAGAGCAUAAUGUUGCAAAAUAUUCUGAUCAACCUGAGAACUUACGACACUCAUUCGCUGAUACUGUACGCGAACGACCAUUUGAACAAUUUCGCUCAUCUCUACAUUUCGAACGGCACCAGUAUUGUGUAUUUAUUCAACGCUGGUAACGAGAUUAAGAACAUCACCGUCGAGUACCCCGGCGUGAAUACAGGGAUCUCGAUUCAAAUCGCGAUUAUUCGAAACGAGAGGUCGACGACGCUUCACGUGAACGAGUACAACUGCACGCUGAACGCCACGCCGAUCCUACUGGACACGUAUUCGAACAAACCUUGGACAAAUCCGGAGAAGGAAGUGCUAGCGCCUCAGAGGCCACCGGCACCGCCCACCAAUUACUUCCAGGUGAAUCUAGGGGGCUUCGACCCGGACGACCUGCUGAGGGUCGGCAAGGAAGACAUGCAAAUCAAGGGCUACGUCGGUUGCCUUCGCGGGCUGAUGAUCGGCGAGUAUCUGGUCGAUUUACCCAACCUCGCGAACGAGGCCAACCACGAAGGCAGCAAAGGGGUGCUGCCCAACUGUCAAAUGAAAUGCGACGCUGUGCCCUGUAAGAACUUGGGCAUCUGCACGGAAGAUUUCGGCAGGCAGGAGUCUUCCUGCAACUGCGAGCUGACGUCCUAUUUCGGCGAGCAUUGCGCCGAUGAGAAAGGAGCAGACUUCAGCGGCGAGAGUGUCCUUCAACGCAAGUUCGAGCUGGUUGGCGAAGUGAAUCAAGUCAAGAUUCAACUGGCGUUCUCGACUAAUGAACUUCGACAACGCACUACGGCUCUCCUGCUCUUACAAACGGAAAAUAAAAGAAGCUACUACCUGCUGGUUGCUUUAACCUCGGAGGGCCAGCUGAUUUUCGAAGAGGACAGGGAAGGCUCCGCGUACGGAGUUCGUCUAAACGACAGAAACUUCUUAAACGGAGGACGACACAGUGUCUACUAUGUCCGAGAUAACAAUACCGCCUCGCUAUUGAUCGAUCGCGAGCCUGUGCAACUGAUGCCAAUCCCGGUGUUGAAUCUGGGAGACGACGAGGACGAUAGUCCAGGCGUGACAGAGAUUCAACUAGGCGGGCUGAACACGACAGACUCGCGAUUCAGCGCGUACAAUAAAUACACCGGCUGUCUGAGCAGUGAGUUGCCACGU